CAGGGGCAGGAGGAGCGCUUGCAUCGCGGUCAGUCGUCGUCGUCGUGUGCGUGUGUGUGUGUUUUUCUCCGUGUUCUGUUUUCGACAAUGGCAAAGCGGCGUGCGGAAAAAACUUUAACGCAGGAUGAUUUGGAAGAGGACGACACUCCCGAAGAAGCCGGGGAGUUCGAGAGAGCUUCAGAUGAGGUGCUUGCUCGGAGGACGUUCCGGAAAGCGAAAAGAACUCUGCCAACAACCAACAAUGCGUCAGCGCCGCGGGUGUCGCCAUUUGCCGGAUUCUCGUUCUUAGGGAACGGUGGACCGAAUCCGCCGGGUCAAUCAACAUCAAUGACGAAUUCCACGGUGAGCCCCUCGAAUGGGGUCAAAACAUCAGACGAAUACCUUAGCAAAGUGGCGAAGUUGAAUAAAGACAUUCUCGACUGUAUAACACGCCUCAUGGGCAACGGCGCCUAUAUUAACCUGACGCCGUGCUUCGAGGAUUACAUGAAGCAUUUUCAGAGACUAACCGAGGAAGAAGAAGAGCGGCAGCGAAAAAAUAACAACAACGGGACAGCCAGUAACAAUGUUCUCGUACCGACUCCGGCGGGGACCUCGAUAGCCGAACCGAGCCCAACGAAGUCACAGACCGAAGCCCCGAAACAAACAUUCAGUUUCCAAACCCAGGGCGCGAGUAAAACGACCAUGUUCGGCGGCAAUGCAACAACUUCGCUGUUCAACUUCGACACGACGCCGAAGUCCGCGAGCCCGGAGAACAAUUCCAAGCCGGAGUUCCAGUUCGCUAAGCCCGUGGACCCAGGCAAGAAGUUCUCUUUUGGCUUGAGUUCAACCUCUGGGAAGGCUGACGGAGAAUCCGAGGACCCGGCUGCGAGCCCCAUACCUGCCGCGAAGUCGCUCCCGUUCGGUGCUCCGCCUACAUCAGCCUCUACCUCGGGAAAUCCGCAGACUAAGGCCCCGUUAUUCAGUUUCGGUCUCGGGACAACUCCGACUUCGGGUUUCCAAGGUUUUGGCACGACAGGUAUCCAAGCCCCCGCGAGUGCUUCACAGGCGACAGCGAAUCACGAGGACGAGGAGGAUCAGCCCCCGAAGGUGGAAAUCGCACCAGUUGAGGUCGAGGGAUCGCUGUACUCGAAAAAAGUGAAACUCUACUACAAGAAGAAACAGCCCGACGAUAAAGGCGCUUUCGCGGAAAAAGGUGUAGGCUUCCUGCACAUCAUCGCGCUCGACGGCGGAGGACAUCAGCUGCUCGUGCGAGCGCAGACAACCCUCGGGAACAUCCUGCUCAAUAUUCGUCUGAACAAGAACAUGCCAGUCAGUCGGAUGAAGAACAAUAACGUCGCCAUCAUUUGCGUUCCGAAUCCGCCGCUAAAUCCGAACCCGAAGCAGGACGAUGAAGCGCCGGCACCGACGAUGUUCUUGAUUAAAGUGAAAAGCAAAGAAGAUGCCGCUGAGCUUCACGAUAAGCUCGUAGAGUUUAAAGAAAGUGCGUAAGAGCCCGUCUCGGGUGAACAAUAUCUCAUGUGGGGAAGGUAUGUAUUUUUUCAAGUUCACGGGGGACUCCGAUGGACUCCGCUCGCGUCGAUUAGGAGAACAAGCGGGGGGAAUCAUUGGAAAUGCGCAAUCAGACAUCCGCCUGAUGAUCACCUAAGGUGCAGCGCAGAGUGAGCUCGCGGAUCAGAUCAUCAGCGAUCGGUUGAAGACUCGUUCGCAAUAUUUGGCUGAACGAUUUUCUUGCGUGGAGACUAGUUUUAAUCGCUUAUUGAGCUGCGUCGGCACUAUACAUACAUGUACUGAAUCACUCCAGACGCGAUCCGGGUCGGGAAUUUCCCAACGGACUCAAUACCUGGCCCUCCACCUGACUUUUAGACGAGGGGAGCUAUUUUCAAAAACCGAAUGAAUGGGAUGGACUGUAUAUGGAGUAAGUGUGAGAGGCUUAUAAUAAAUGUACCAUAUUGUUGAAGAUGGGAGCAACUUGAAACAUCCAAUGCGUAUG